AUGGUCGCUCCAGGUGCAAAGAAUCUCUGGGUCGCGGCUUCCGAUGGCGACCUCGAGCGUGUGCAGGCUCUCAUCGCUGCUGGCGCGUCGCCAAAUGACAAGGACCAGCACUCUUACACUCCCAUGCACGCCGCCGCUUCGUACGCGCACCUUGACCUCCUCGAGUUCCUCGUUGGCGCCGGCGGUAACGUCAACCUUCCUGACGACGACGGAGACACCCCGCUCUUCACUUGCGAGAGUGUCGAGGCCGCCCAGUGGCUCGUCGAGCACGGUGCUGACGCCGCCCACAAGAAUGGCGAGGGCUUGACAGCUGCCGAUUCCCUCGACGAGGACCACCCCACCGUUGCCGCGUACCUGCGCUCUGUCAAUGGUGCCCCAGCCCCCGCAGCCCCAGCCGCCGAGGGUGAGGGUGAGGGUGUCAACCAGCUGGCCGUGGACGAGUUUGCCGCCCGCCAGACCGCCGACCUCAUGGCCCAGUCUCAGUCCAUUAUUGCCGAGGCGCAGCGCACUGGCACCAACCCCGACGACCUGCUGCGCGACCUCGUCCAGCGUGCCGUGCGUGAGGGCUUUUCGUUUGGCGGUGACAUUGGCGACAUGGCUGGUUCCGGCCCAGACGUCGACGAGGAGGCCCACAAGCGCGCCCGUGGGGAGUAG